AUGACGUUCCCUACCUUUCUUCUUCAUGAAUUUCUUUUGGAUUUCCAUAACGAUAGAAAAACGCUCUAUACUUGUGCAUUAGUGAAUCGAGAAUGGUGUAGAAUAACGAUUCCUCUCUUAUGGAAAAAUCCUAUAGAAUUAUUACAUGGACCUGAUGAUUAUUAUCCAUAUCAUAGAUAUAGAAAUAAUCAUGUAAAACUUGUUGAUACAUAUUUAUCAUAUCUCAAUAACGAAGAAAGGGUCAAACUUAUUAAAAAUGGUUUCAAAUUACCUUUAAGAAUUAAACCUCCAAUAUUCGAUUAUAUCUCUUUCUUGAGAUAUAUUUCAAAUGGUGAUAUUCAAAUGAUUAGUUUAUUCUGGUGCUUAUACUUUGACGCUAGUAAAAUACCUGUUGUAAAUCCUUUAAAUUCUCUUAGUACUAAACGAAAAAUAAAAGUUACUUCUAGUUUAUGGAAUUUAAUACGAGAUAUCUUUGACAUAUUCAACAAGAGACCACGAACAAUAGCCACAGAAAUCGCUCAAGUCGCUCAUGCUUCAGUAGUUCCUCCUAUGGGUGAUGAUUUUUAUACAACUGAUGUAUUAUUGAAAUCUGAAAUAAUUCAUCAUACUCUUACAAAGUUGAUAAUAGAACAAUGCCCUAAUAUUAACCAUUUACAAUCAACGUCAACUCUUAUCGGAUCUAGUUCUAUUAAUAAUUAUACAGAAAUAGUUUUAAAAUAUCCAAGACUUCACGAAUGUUUUAGUCAUUUAAAAAGUUUUGAAAGUCGAAGUAAUUUCUAUCGAGGAACUUCUUUUGAUAUACUUUCCGAAAUAUGUCAUCAACUACGUAAGAUUGAAGUUUCUUCAUGUAAUCCAACACAUUUAUCAUCAACUAUUAAUGAUAAUAAAGAAAAUCCAGCUAUAAUAGAAUCUCAAAAAUUAUCAAAUCUUAUCAGAGUUCAAAGAUACUUACGAGAAUUUAUACUUUGGAAUUGUAAAUUAGGAAUUUUAGAUAUAAUUACUUCUUUAGUAUCAACUCAACAAUAUUCAAUGAGAGAACUUUCUUUUCAUCAUUGUGAUUUUCAAAACAUUAUUUGGUUGCACCUUCUUUCCGAUUUACCAAACUUGGAAGCUUUAACAUUUAAUCAAUGUAUUAAUGUUUCUGAACAAACAUCAUCAAAACUUGUCCUUUCUAAUCUUAAACAUUUAAAAUAUAUCUAUGGUUAUACUUCACCAAAUGCCUUAAUAACUUUAUUAGAAUCUACAAAAGAUAGUUUGGUGGAAUUGGAUACUGGAAAACCUCAUUUUAAAUUAAACCUUAUAACAUUUGAUCCAAGAAAAUUUCAUUUUUUAGAAUCCGAUCUUUUUAAUCAUUUAGAAUUAUUACAUAAUAUAAAAUUAUGUAAAAAUUUAACUUCUUUAUCAACUUAUGUUUAUUCAAAUACUCAAGAAAAUUUAUUUACAACACUUAUUAAUUUAGAUCAAUUAAAAAAAUUGGUUAUUACUGAAAUUUCUUAUUCUUUAGAUUCUAAGCAAAAAUGUUCAAUUUUUUCCGAAUUUUUAACAAAAUUAGCAAAUCAUUUACCAUCAACUUUACAAUGGUUACAUAUAGGAACAAAAUUUGGAAUAAGAAAGAAUAUUUUAGAAGAAUUUAAGUUAAUUACUUUAUGUAAAUUUAAAAAAUUGGUGGUUUUUGGUGGUUUAGAUUGGGAUAUGGAAAAUCAAAAAGUUGAAUUUGAGGGAAUUUAUGAGGAAUUGAAUAUUGAUGAUAUUAAGAAUAGUUUAAUUCCAAAUUAUGAUUCGAAUACGUAA